UAAUCGUUCAAUUUCUUCCACCUUGGAGAGUUCGAUAACCUUCAGUGCACACACACACAUAUAUAUAUAUAUUCACACAUGUGAGACGAGAGCAUAAUGUCAUGAUACCCUGUGAAUUUGUUUUGAGCAGAUUCAGUUUUUUUUUUUUUUUUUUUUUUUUUUUUUUGGCAUAUCUCUUGACCCUGACUGUUCUGUCUUCUCGAGUCUGGUGUGAUCAUCUUGGAUGUCAUUUCUGCCUAAUUCUUGUCUUUGGAAUGCAUGAUGACUUACCAGUUUUUACAUGAUAACUAUCAUUGCGUAUAUGCCAUGCUUCAAUUGUUGUACUUAGUUGCUUCCCAAUU